AUGUCGUUCUCGAGGAACCCUCAUAACGGCCCGCCAAACGGUGCCUCGUUUUCUCAGUCUAGACACAAUUCGUUCCAUGCUUCCCAAUCCCAUGCGUCCACGCCUGCUGGGUCUCCUCCACCCAGGGCGUCCCAGCACUCUAACGUAUCGGCUAGCUUUUCAACCAACGGCAUGACCAACUCGAUGGCCCGAGGCAGUUAUGGUGGCUAUAAUGAAGGGAAUGGAUACCGACCUAUGCCUUAUCAGGAUGGAUACAAACCACAAAUUUACACCGCUGUUUAUUCAAAUGUUUCGGUGUACGAAAUGGAAGUGAACGGAGUGGCCAUGAUGCGUCGUCGCUCAGACUCCUGGUUGAAUGCUACUCAGAUUCUUAAGGUGGCCGGCGUAGCUAAAGCACGCAGAACUAAAACCCUGGAAAAAGAAGUCGCUGCCGGUGACCACGAGAAGGUCCAGGGCGGAUAUGGGAAAUAUCAAGGUACAUGGGUCAGUUACGAGCGUGGUCUAGAACUGUGCAGACGGUACCAGGUUGAAGAUUUGCUGCGGCCAUUGCUGGAAUAUGACAUGGGUCAAGACGGAGUCAGCGCAGCCGGACAGGGACAACUGGACACACCUACCAAGGAGCAAGCCAUGGCGGUACAGAGAAAACGCUUCGCACAAGGCCUGGAUGCACAUGGUGGCCCACAGCAGGGCAGCACAUUCUUCCAGAGCAUAUCUCGAACUGCAGCAACUGCAGUAAAUGCCAUCAGCAGAGCUAGAUUUGACUCUUCUAUGAGAGGGCCGGAUGGACGACAGCCUAGCAUGACGAGGAAGUCUUCUCAGAUGAGUAGCCAGGAAGCCCCAUACCAAUCAGCAAGCCAGCAGAGCAUUCAAACUGUUGUAUCCGACAGUGGUUUCGGUAGUAACCUCCAGAAUAGUCAACGCAGCUUUGCCGAGUAUACUCAUGAUGAAAACCUAGAGCCCCCCCGAAAACGGAUGCGGUCCUCUUCUACCGCACAGCAGAGAUCUUUUGCCAACAACACACAGCCCACAAGUUCCAUGGCCGAACCGACACCCACUGAGCCCAACGAUUCAUUCUACCAAGAGGAGCCCAGCAAUAGGAUACCUGAUGACCCCAGACAUGGCAUCCCGGCACUUCCAGCCGCGACGACACCCGAGAGAUUCCAGAAAAUGAAACUGAUCAUGACGUUGUUUUUGGAUAAGCGCAUGAAAGAUUUUGAACACCACCCUGCCUUCCUCACACUCACAGCUGAAGACCUCGAAACCCCACUUGAUGAAUUCUUGAAUAGCGCUUUACACUGGGCCGCGAUGCUUGCACGACUGCCAUUGGUAACCGCUCUUAUAUCCAAGGGUGUAAGCAUAUUCCGAUUGAAUGCUGCUGGUGAAACUGCAUUGCAGAAAGCCGUUGGGACGAGAAACAAUCUUGACUAUCGCAGCUUUCCCAAGCUGUUAAACCUUCUUGGCUCAACUAUUGAAAUUAUUGAUCUACAUGGGCGCACAAUUUUACAUCAUAUCUCCAUGAUGGCAGCGACUGGUGGAGGAGGCCAUGUAGCUGCUAAACAUUAUCUUGAAUCACUCUUGGAGUAUAUUGUACGGCAUGGCGGGACAACCAAUGGAGCGAAUGCACUCCCAGAGCCUCCCAAGUUUGAAAUCAUAGGCCUAGGCAGGUUUAUGUCCGAGAUGGUGAAUAUUCAGGAUGAUCAAGGAGAUACGGCACUCAAUUUGGCGGGAAGAGCCAGGACGGUCCUUGUUCCCCAGCUUCUUGAAGUUGGAGCGGACCCUCAUAUCCCUAAUAACACUGGCCUUCGCCCUGCAGAUUACGGUGUGGGCGUUGACAUGGUCAAUGGGAACAGUCAAGGGCUCCAGAUUGGCAGUGGCGGUGAUGUAUACAUGAGCCAGCUAGCGAGAACGAAGAAAGAGAUUCUUGAAUCAACUGUUUCUCAGAUAAGCACAGCUAUCGAAGCUUCGAUAAGUUCCUUUGAUAAGGAAUUGGCCAGCAGUUUCAAUGAGAAACAACAAGAGUUUAACGAGUGGCACUCUAAGAUCAGAGAAAGCGCAAAGGCUCGUCAGAUAGAGCAAAAUCGCCUUGAUGAAAUUAAGAAAAAGACGCGAGAGCGGAUAGAACUCCAGAGGCAGAUAAAAAAUCUCACAGUGUCAUCAGAGGCUCUUAUGGAGCAGUUGCGCCAGGCGAAGAAUGGUGACAAAGCCAGUGAGACUCUGGCAGGCAAAGAUAGAGUCAAGUUUGAUAAGCGCAAGAUUGAUGAUCUCUUCCCAGACGGCCCGAGUAACACCCGCCUAAGAGCAAUCUCUGUUGGACAGGGGAGAUUCAUCUUCUCGCUACCGCCCCCUGAGCAGCUGAAGACACGCUUGAAAUGUUACAAAGAGCAAACUGCCUCGAUACUGGCUGAGGUAGAGAAGCUCAAGACGAAGAACGUUGUCCUGGGGGAAAAUUAUAGACGCAUGGUGAUGGCCUGUACGGGAUGGUCGGCUGAAGAUGUCGACAAUGCAGCCGAUGGCUUGACGGACUGCAUUAAAGACCUGAACAAGAAUCCAGUACCCCAAGACCAAGCUAUUGAGAUCUUGAUGAAGGACCGAGGGCAGGACUGGUAA